GUCCUUCCAGCAACUUCCUCACGGCCUACGGUACCUACCACUUUCUCUAAUCGAGAAAACCAUCCCAAGAAUCAAAACCAACACACAAACACACUUCCCACGUCGCAUAACAUCCUACGUUUCUCUUCCUAUUUCAGUUUGUGAGAUCUCUUUCCUAAAGACUUAAAAUAAUAUCAUAAAAAGAUACUCAGAUCUACAAAUCGCAGUCAUGGGUUACGAAGAUUCCGUCUAUCUCGCCAAGCUCGCUGAGCAGGCUGAGCGAUAUGAAGAGAUGGUCGAGAACAUGAAGUCCGUCGCCUCUGAAGACCAAGAACUCUCCGUCGAGGAGCGUAAUCUUUUGUCUGUUGCAUACAAAAACGUCAUUGGUGCUCGCCGUGCAUCAUGGAGAAUCGUCACUUCCAUUGAGCAAAAGGAGGAGUCAAAAGGCAACUCAUCCCAGGUUACUCUCAUCAAGGAGUACCGUCAAAAGAUUGAAGCAGAACUUGCCAAGAUCUGCGAAGAUAUCCUCGAGGUUUUGGACAAACACUUGAUUCCUUCUGCCAAGAGCGGUGAAUCCAAGGUCUUCUACCACAAGAUGAAGGGUGAUUACCACCGUUAUCUCGCUGAGUUCGCCAUUGGUGACAAGCGAAAGGAGUCUGCCGACAAGUCUCUUGAGGCUUACAAGAAUGCAACCGAAGUUGCCCAAACUGACCUUGCACCAACUCACCCAAUCCGUCUUGGUCUUGCCCUCAACUUCUCCGUUUUCUACUACGAGAUCUUGAACUCCCCAGAUCAAGCUUGCCAUCUUGCCAAGCAAGCCUUCGAUGAUGCCAUUGCUGAACUCGAUACCCUUAGUGAGGAGAGCUACAAGGACUCCACAUUGAUCAUGCAACUCUUGAGAGACAACUUGACCCUCUGGACUUCAUCAGAGGCCGAGCCAGCCACCCAAGAGUCCGCUGCCGCACCUGCUGAGGCCAAGGAAGCCGAGGCCGCUGCAUCAGCUGAGGAGAAGCCAGCUGCUGAAUAGAGAAUCAUCGGAUAUGGCGUUGAUGUUUGGUCGAAUGGGCGUACGAGCGAUGGAGGUUACGAUUGGGUUUUGCAUGUUUCGGCAGACGAGAUGAGCAGAGGGCGAGCUUCAUGAAGAGCUUUUGGGGGGUUUCACUCGCAACUUGCUUGCCUUUAGACUCUUUAAUGCAUCAAACCAUACUGUACUUUCCCUUCCACACAUCCUUUCGCUACUUUGCGAAUGUCUCGAUCGCCCAAUAUCUCUUUUCCUUUUUCCACUUUUUUGUUAAAGACCACUUCCACAUGUCAUUUCCCGGUUGUUGAUAGGUUACGGCCUGGCACUUUUUUUAUCAAAUCGAUUAGACUAAAAAAAAAAGUAGCAAAUCCAUAAAACCAGUACAAAAAGUCGAUGAUAGAAUAAAGAAAUGUGAAACA